AUGGCUGCAAUUCGUCGUUAUCACCUUUCAGAUACAAUAAUGCAGUAUCAAUUGGAUCAACAAGCAAAAUAUGGUAAUGUUUCCCAAAUACAAUUGGGCCCCGUGCCACAUCUAGUGUUGUUCGAUCCAGACUUGAUUUCGGAUGUUUUGAAAAAACAUGCUAAGAAUUAUACUAAAACAGAAAUAUUUCGUACAGUUUUCAAACCGAUUAUCGGUCUUAAUAAUCNAAUGGCUGCAAUUCGUCGUUAUCACCUUUCAGAUACAAUAAUGCAGUAUCAAUUGGAUCAACAAGCAAAAUAUGGUAAUGUUUCCCAAAUACAAUUGGGCCCCGUGCCACAUCUAGUGUUGUUCGAUCCAGACUUGAUUUCGGAUGUUUUGAAAAAACAUGCUAAGAAUUAUACUAAAACAGAAAUAUUUCGUACAGUUUUCAAACCGAUUAUCGGUCUUAAUAAUCUAUUUGUCAGCGAUGGACAACAGCACGAACAGUCUCGUCGUAUGAUACAACCGGCUUUUCAUUUUGUCAAACUUCAGUCAAUGAUUUCCAUAAUGACGCAGAAAACAACUGAAGCCAUUGAUGAAUGGCUAUUAACAUUUACAGCCGAAAAAAAAGAAUUGGAUUUACCACGGGAACUCAACUCACUCACAUUAUCAAUUAUAGCCUCGUCGGCGUUCGGAGAAGGUUUCGAGACAAUACAAGAUGGAAAACGGAUUAUCUGUAACUUGUUCACACACGUUGUGGAAGCUACACAAUGGCGGUCGAUGAAUCUGAUCAAUCAAAUUCCUCUAUUAUCGAAACUGCCGUUGUGGAAAAAAGAUAUUGUGGACAAUGGUGCAGCUGAAAUAGCUAAAUUUGUAAAUCAAAUAAUACUCGAUCGAAAAACUGGCAAAAGUCAUUCAAUUUGCUCGGGUAACGAUCUUUUAGAUUUGUUACUGUUAGCAAAAGAUGAUGAUGAUAAUGGAUUGAGUGAUCAAGAAAUACAAGAACAAGCUUUGACAUUUGUUCUGGCUGGACAUGAGACAAGUGGCAAUUUGAUGGCGUGGUGUUUAUACGUUCUCAUGACCCAUCCGAAAGUCUAUGAAGCUUGUCAACAAGAAGUCGAUGAAAUACUAAAGGGUCAACUACCUGUUUAUUCACAACUUAAUGAACUGGAAAUUAUUGAUGCUGUUCUCCAUGAAACUCUACGGCUAUAUCCACCAGCACCAUUUUUUUCUCGACAAUGUGUCGAAGAACAUUCGAUCGGUGAAGGCACAGGAACUCCGAUUCGAAUUCCUGUGGGUGGAGUGGUUUUGUUCAAUCUAUACGUUUUACAUCGGUCUGAACAAUUCUGGAAUGAUUCACUAAAAUUCGAUUACAAAAGAUGGAUGAGAUCAUCUGAAACCGGACAUAGACCAAAACUAGCUCAUCCCUUUUGCUAUUUACCAUUUGGAGCUGGAAAUCGAAAUUGCAUUGGACAAAAUUUUGCCAUGCUAGAAACAAAAGUAAUUCUGGCGAUAUUACUACAACGUCUAAAAUUUGAAAUCGUACCAGGACAAAAAAUUGUACCGGAUGUUAAAAUCACAAUGAAGCCAAAAUAUGGUUUGUUAGCUAGAGUAACCAGUCGAACCUGA